UAAUUUAUCAAAUAAACAAGGAAUCGUCCAAGGCGUAGCCAGUUUUCUACAUGAAAGAUUCCAUCGAUGACGGUGCUUAUUGCCUGAUGUUCAGGGAGUGUUUCACCUGCAAGCCUCAGCCAGUUCCAUCUAAUAUCUUUUCACUCGUAGUGAUUCCAUUAAAUGCGUGAUUAAACAAAGCCUGGCCAAAGGCAGCGCCUGAUGUACCGAAAGCAGUCUUACUGGCCUAAUUGAUAAUCGUCAUUCGAGGGCAAUAAAGGCCAGGAUAAAUAAUUUAUUUGACUUUUUAUUUGUCGAUUGCCGCUUCCCAAGGCAUGCCGCACCGCGGCCAGUAUCUAUUCACUGCGUUCGAUGCGCUCGCAGGGCCGCCAUAAGUCCCGGCCAAACAUUCCCGUCAUCAUUACCUGCUCCAGGCGUGCAAGAACAAUUGCAAGGUGAAGCCCGCGAGCGGCGAAUCUCAUUGGGCACCGACCACAUGUUCACAUAUCCAUUACUGUCAUGUCGUAAAUCUUGCGACCGGGGAUAACUCAAUGCCGGCCCUGCCUCCUGAGUCCAUGCAUGGCAAAGAAUUAUUGAACCAUAAACGGAGCCAAUGCACUGCUCGGUGGGCGGGGCCCGAGCAACAGGCAUCCAUUAUUGCUGGUGUGGCGAUGUGUUGGUGAGUCGUUCACUGGCGGAGAUGGAGUGGGCGUGCUCGACGGCCAAUCGCGGUGGGUGCUCGGCUCAAGUGAAUUAUGAGGUGGACUUGCGUGUGGUUGUGUUGUGUUGGCAGUGGAGUGUCGCGCAACACGGCCCCCUCCACGUAUGUCAACAAUCGGAUAACAACAGCGCCAUGAUGUCAGUAUGGGUCCGUUCUUCUCUGGGUUUGCUUGUUUUUUACUGUCAUUGCUGCCUAACUGAAUUCGUUAAGCGUCUGGUCCUGGUGACAUCGUGAUGUGUUGUUGUAGUGUUCAGUGUUGAGACUAUACCGAGUGCCUCGCACCCUUCAUGCGAAUUUAUCAAUUUACUGAAAACAAAUAAUCCGGGAACUUGAUUGAUUGGGAAAAAUGGUGUCGUAUUACAAUCACUUGCAAUAUACGCAGAAACAUUCCGCGAACUUGCCGUAUCAGCCGUCGCAAUCGUGGUUCUCCCCGAACUAUCCGCCGCCACCCAAUGCCCACCUGUUCAGUGAUGUGGACCAUCAACAUGUGUACUACAGCCCCCAAAUAUUCCAUCAAACGCCGCCGGAAUGGCAAACACAUGAAAACUACCCGGGCCAGCAAGCUGGUCUCACGCCACAAGGAAUACCGUCAAACAUCACGUCCGGGGGGGGCAAUUCUGAAAAUCUCACAGAAGGAUUACCGUCACCCCCGAUCACCGUGUCCGGGAGCGAGAUGUCGAGUCCUGGCGUGCCCAAUGGUGCAUCGUCACCUCAUGCACCGAACAAUGCAAGCAACAGUCGCCCGACACCAGAUAAAAGUCCGUUUUAUGACUGGAUGAAAAAGCCUUCGUAUCCUGCACAGCCGAAUCCAGGUCAAACACAGGCCUGUUGUUCCGAGUCAUCAUUGAAAGGUUUCGCAGAGCUGGACGCAAGCGGUAAAACGAGAACAAAAGACAAAUAUCGAGUAGUUUACACAGACUUCCAGCGCUUGGAACUAGAAAAGGAAUACCACACAUCCCGCUACAUAACGAUCCGUCGUAAAACCGAAUUGGCCCAGGCCCUGCAACUUUCCGAGCGUCAGGUCAAAAUAUGGUUUCAAAAUAGACGAGCUAAAGAGCGCAAACAGAAUAAAAAACGAGAUGACCCACUCACCGUAGGAAUUCCUCAGCACUCCUCAUCCGGAAUAGGCAGCAUAAUGGAUUCCAAACCAAAACUGGAACCAGGUCUGCACCUACCCCACUCCCUGCACCAAAUGAGUUCUAUGGCCAUGGGUAUGUCACAUAUGGGAUUGCAUCCGUCCGUUCUGCAUCACAGUCAUUUGAGUGUACCACCACCCCCACCACCGUCACAUAAUCUACAUCAGAGCCAUCAACAAAGUACAGCAUCAAUCGGUGCUCUCACAAUGUGACCGCAUAAUAGUAAUUUAAAUGUUAAUUAUAGCAAUCACUUUCAGGAUGAGGAAGCUAAAAAUUAGUUUCGAAUCCUUUUCACAUUGUACGAUUUCCAAAUUGAUCGCGAAUUCGUGACCGAAUUCGCGCAUUCGGAUGAACGACUAACUUAAUGCCGCGUGUAUAAUUAAAAUGCAACCGUCCCAAGAAAGAAUUUAAAAAAUAUUAUCAAUAUUUUGUGCAAUGCAGAAGAUUCUAGAUGUAGCACGAACGAGUACUUAUUAACUAUAAUAGUGUUAUUCUAUCUUUAAAUUGAUUAGUUUCGCUUACGAAUUUUUGUAACAUACUUAGCAAGUUAUCAAGUCUUACAGGUUAAAUCCUUACAUAAGAGCAAAAGCAAAGGUAAUGGAAUUAUAUGUAAUGCGUAGGAUUGAUAAGUGUAUCUGUAAAUACUUUCGUUAAAAUAAAUAUCGGUAUUUUCAUAAUUUUAUUCACUUAACGAGAAUAUUCACCUCCUUUUAGAUAAUAAAAUUGUCACAAAGUAUCAAAUCGUCUGUUAUUUCAUGUUUAGGGUUGAUUAUUUCUUAUUUAUUGCAAAGCUGCUGUGAAUUUACACAAAAAUUGUAUUUUUUUGAAGAUUCCGUGAAUAAAACUUAAAUAACUAAAACAUG